AUGGAAGGCGCCAUGUCAAGCCUCCGAGACUUCCGAGGACGCCUGGAGCGCGUGGAGGCAGAUGCGGCGGAGGAGCGCGAGGAGGUGCGGCGGGCCGUGCGCGAGACCGCCACGUCCUUGGCCGCGCUCCGCGCCGAGAUCGCCGAGGGGCGCGCGCGCGGCGCGGCCGAGGGCGGGUCGGCGGCCGACGCGCUGCGGGCGGAGCUGCAGGAGAGCCGAGCGAGCGCCGCGGCGGCCCUCGAGGGCCUCGGGGAGAAGCUCGCUGCUGACAUAGCCCAGGAGCGCGCACAGGCCGAGGCCGAGGCCGGGCGGACGCGGGAGGCGCUGUCCGCGCUGAGCAGGACGCUGGACGAGCGCGCCGAGGCGAGGCUGGCGGACACGGAGCGGGAGCUGGAGCGCCGGACGGCCCAGCGGCUGGACGCCGUCGCCCUGCAGACGCAGGAG